GUGCAAGAAAGCCGGUCAAGAUUUUCUUCUACCUCCCACCGCGAGGCGACAUGGCGAGCAGAGACGGGUGCUAGGGUUUACGCCGCUGCCACCCACUCCCUUCCCCAGCCGAGCUCCUCCUUCCGCUGCCGAGCUCAACUCCUCUCCGUCGACUCCCAGCUAUCUUCCCCUCCGGAGCCCCAGGUCGCAGCUGCCGCGUAUUUCUAACCAUCUCCGAGACCCAGCCUGCCGCAUCUCGCCCCUACUGAGGGUCCGCCCGAACGAGAAGGUCGCCGUCUGCCUGCCCCGAUUCAGUUCGCCGUGCAAGCUCUCGCCCCGACGCCCCUCUGCUUCCAGUCGCUGCCGAGCUUGUCCCCAAGGUACGCAAAACUUCUAAGAUGGCGGAUGAGGAACAUGCUCAAACCUCGAGGAAGAGGGUUGCAGAUAAACAAAUCAACAAGGACAAUCCUGAGCCUGAUGAUGACUCGACGGAGCAAGAAGAUGGAACAUUUAAGAAAGCUAGUGAGGAAGUGAUGGCAACCCGAAGGAUUGUAAAGGUUCGGCGCCAGCAGCCGUCAUCAGCUCCUUCUAACCCUUUCUCUGCAAUUAGAUUUGCCCCAAGUGAUUCUAGUGUUCAAGCAAGUAUCCCUGCCUCGGAGCCUGCACCUUCUGAUGUCACAAUGCCCAAUGUAACGGACAGUUGCUUGAGUGAGAAAGCUAAUGAGGGCAGCAAUGGCAGUGGGAGCGAGUUGGAUGCAAAAAAUAAGUCUGAAGUCCCAAUAGAAGCACCCUCUCCACUUGUCAAGACUGGUGACAAGGCAGAUGGGACAGAGGAUGGAACUGGUGAGAACAAAGUGGUAGUUGCAGAACCCAGCAAAGAUGACAGCAAGACACCUAGAAUUGAGGGUGAAACAAAAGAUGAAGAUGCUGAAGAGAAAAAAGCGGUAAAUGAAGAUAAAAUCAGCAAGGACGACGAUGAGAAGAAGGAUGAAGCUGGAUCAGAUACUAAGGAUGUAUCAUGUGAACAGAAGGAUGCUGAUAGCAAAGGGCAGUCAUCGUCACCGACGCCUCUUUUCUCUUUUAAGAAUCUAUCAAGCAGCCAAAAUGCUUUCACAGGACUGGCAGGAACUGGAUUUUCAGUCUCAUCAUUUUCAUUUGGCUCAGGAUCUAAAGAAAGCUCAAAUGCUCCCCUAUUUGGUCUUAACAGUGAUGGUUCCACCUUCCCUUCUUUCAAUAUUGGUGCUACGAAUAAUGGAAGUUCUGCUCCUGCGCUCGCCACUGCAGCAGAAGCACCGAAGAAAUUUGCUAUGCCAGAGGGUCCAGUUGAAACAGGUGAAGAAAAUGAAAAGGCUGUAUUUACUGCUGAAUCUGCAAUAUAUGAGUACCUUGACGGGAGCUGGAAAGAAAGAGGUAAAGGGGAGCUGAAGUUGAACAUCCCCCUAUCUGGUGGUGAGAGAUCUCGGCUUAUCAUGAGGGCCAAGGGCAAUUACCGGCUGAUUUUGAAUGCAAGCCUCUACGAUGACAUGUCGCUCAAGGACAUGGACAAGAAGGGCGUGACAUUUGCCUGUAUUAACAGCAUCGGCGAAUCCCAGAGUGGGCUUACAACAUUUGCUCUCAAGUUCAAGGAUACCGGCAUCAGGGAAGAUUUCAAAGCUGCGGUGGAGACACACAAGGGGAAGACGGCUCCGGACGCCCUAACAACAGCUGAGGACUCCCCAAAGGCAUCUGCUGAUUGAAAGAAACCACUCUGGUUAUGCGUUUUGAUGUGUAUGCGAGGAAGGAGCUGAGAUCCCCCUGUUCUUUCGGAGUCUAAACCAAACCCCAUGUUGUGAUACCUUUAGGAUGCAGUUGCGUAUGUUUUCUGUUAUACUGUUUUGGAACGGUGGGUAUUCUGUUGAACUUUAACUGAAGUCAUAAUCUUGGUAACUGGAGACAUCCGUGGGCGCC